GCAUCCGCGUCUUGGGCAGGCCAAAGAUUUCAGAUCGGACAGCAGUAGCAACAGCAGCAGCAGCGGAAUAAGCAGCAGCAAUAGCAAAAGCAGGAGCAACGAAAGCUCGGCUCAUCAACCGUUACGCGACAUCGAAUCGAAAGUUUCACACAUUGCGUUUCGAAGUGUUUUGAAGAAUUUGUUUGAAUCGCACACACAUUAUAUACACACCCUCACCCACACCCAAACACACACUUUCACAUUAACCGGAUAUCAUUUGAAAAUAUUGAAUUUAAAAUUUUUGUGUUUUCUGUUGUGUUCAAACAAUUUGCUAUAUAUACGAAAAUAUAUAUAUUUGUUUUUGUUUUUUUUUUCUGUUGAUUUUUUUGUAUUACUUUCUUGUUGUUGGUAAUCCGAAAUCGCGCACGCGUUUUUGCCGUCGGCUCAUUGAUCGAUCGAUCGAUCAACCACAACCACAGAAAAAUCUCAUGUGACUGUUUUUUUUUCCUCUGCCUACGAUUUGCAAAUUAAAAAGUGAAAACUAAAGCUAAAAAGAAGAAUAAUACACAUUUAUAACUAAAUACUACUAUUAACAAAUUAAAUCUACAAUUUACUUAAAAACUAAAUAAUAUAACUAAACUAUUCAAUAUAAAGUUCCAGUUCAACUUUUAAAUAUAAUAAUUAUAUUCUACCAAUUAAAUAAUCCAAAUCUUAAUAAGCAAAUACAACAAAACAAAAUUAUAUAUUACUAUAAAAUCUAAAUGGAAAUCUCUAUUCAUUCAAACUAAAUGAAUAUUAAAACAUCUGAAAAGUUUUCAAAAUAUUUCAAUAAAUAUUGCAUAGAUUUUAACUCGAAUUCAGCACAUUAAAUAUUCGCUUGAAGCUAUACAAAAAAGAUAUAUAUAUAUACAUAUAUCCCAGCACGAUCUACAAUAUUAAUCAUGCCAAUGCUUUACGCCUGUUUCCAAGAGUAGAAAGUAUCCUUAAGAAAUCGAUACCGAUCCGAGGAAUUGAAAUUAUUUUCACUCGAUUGAUUAAUACAAGUUAAGUGCGAAAAAUGGUUUCGGACGAGAAUUGGAAUACUGACAGCAUGUCCGAUUCGGACAUAAUUGACUCGAAAAACGAUGUUUGCGGUGGCGCCUCCAGUUCCAGUGGCAGUUCCAUCUCACCGCGAACACCCCCGAAUUGUGCACGAUGUCGCAAUCACGGCUUGAAGAUCACACUGAAGGGUCACAAGAGAUAUUGCAAGUAUCGCUAUUGCACAUGUGAGAAGUGCCGAUUGACCGCCGAUCGUCAGCGGGUGAUGGCCUUGCAGACGGCACUGCGGCGAGCUCAAGCCCAGGAUGAGCAACGAGCCCUACACAUACAUGAAGUACCACCGCCUGGGCCCACUGUCCAGCCGCAUCCACUACUCAGCCAUCACAGUCAUCAUCACAGCCAUCAUCAUGUGGCUGCCGCUGCGGCGGCUCAUGUUCAUCAGGUGCAUGCUGCUGCUGCCCAUGCCCAUCACGCCCAUGCGCAUUCCCAUGGUCAUUCUGGACAUGUUGCGGUGUCGCAUCAUCAACAGCAGCAGCAGCAGCAGCAGCAGGCGCAACAGCAUCCACAACAUCAGACCCAGCUUGGACAGGUUGCUCAUGCUCAUCACGCCCAUAUGGCGGCAGCUGCCUCAGUGGUGCAGCAUCAGCCACACCACCAUCAACAGCAGCAGCAGCAGCCCCACCAGUCCACACUACGUUCGCCACCCCACAGUGAGCACGGAGCAGCCACUAGCAGUAGCAGCAGCAGCAGUGGUUCGGCAAAUGGACCAAGUUCCAGUUCACAGGCAGCAGCUGCCACUUCCAGCAGCAGCAGUGGAACGAAUGGAGCUGGCGGUGCAAGUGGCAACGGUGGCGGUGCCAGUGGAGGCGGAGCCGGAUCAGUUAGUGUCAUCACCAGUGCAGAUCAUCACAUGUCAACGGUGCCAACACCCGCCCAAUCGUUGGAGGGCUCCUGUGACUCAUCAUCGCCAUCACCAUCAUCCACUUCGGGUGGCGGAGGCGUGGGUGGUGUGGGUCCUGGUGUUGGUGUUGGCAGUGGUGCAGCUUUAUUGCCGAUCUCAGUCUCCGUAAAUCGAAAAAACGGCGCCAAUGUGCCCUUGGGCCAAGAUGUUUUCCUAGAUUAUUGCCAAAAGCUAUUAGAGAAAUUUCGCUAUCCCUGGGAGCUAAUGCCGCUUAUGUAUGUGAUAUUAAAAGAUGCUGGUGCCGAUAUUGAAGAGGCUUCGCGACGUAUUGAAGAGGCGCGUAUAGAAAUCAAUCGUAUUGUAGCCCAACUCUAUUACAACUACUACACACCAAUGGCUCUGGUUAAUGGGGCCUCCAUGUACCUAACCUAUCCGAGCAUCGAACAAGGACGUUAUGGUACCCACUUCACCCAUCUGCCAUUGACUCAAAUUCGUCCGCCCACACCGGAGCCAAUUGAAUUGAGCCGUUCGAGUCCGAAUAGUCCGAGUGAUGGUGGCACGACUGGAGCAACAUCAUCCAAACAACAGCAAGCGAGUCCCAGUAGCAGUAGCAGCAAUGGUGUUCAUUCAGCUGCCUCGCCCACAGCAAUGGUCAGCACAUUGACCACUGCGUUAACUUCAUCAUCAUCAGCGAGUCAUCAUAACAAUCAUCAUCAUCAUCCUCAUCAUCAUCAUCAGCAGCCGCAGUCGCAGCAUCAGCAACAACAACAUCCGCAUUCUCGGCAACGUUCACGAUCAACCACGCCCACAACCCCACCGCCACCGCCUCCGGCACAUAGCAGCAGUAAUGGCGGUGCAGGAGCUGGAGCUUCUGCCUAUCAUCAACAUUUGGUCAGCUCAACAGCCACGUAGUAUAGAAAUGUUGCUGCCGCUGUGGCAGCAGCUGCAGCGGCAGCUGUGCUCUUUGUCGAUAAUUAAAAUAGCACCAAAAAUAUGCAUACUAAUUAAUUAAUCAAUUAAUAGUUGGAGCUACACCAUGUUAAAGCCACUGGAUAAAUGUUAUAUAAU